AUGAGACCUAUCUUGCUUUCGGGCCAUGAGCGGUCCCUGAACCAGAUUAAAUUCAACCGCGAUGGCGAUCUGUUGUUCUCCGUCGCAAAGGAUAAGAUUGUGUGCGCUUGGUGGUCGGCCAACGGCGAGCGACUUGGUACCUACAACGGCCAUCAGGGUGCUAUCUGGACUGUCGAUGUCAGCCCCAAUACGAUUCUCCUGGCGACUGGCUCGGCAGACAACACUGUGCGACUAUGGAACGUGAAGACGGGCGAGUGUGUUAAGGUCUGGGAGUUCCCCACAGCCGUGAAGCGGGUUGCAUUCACACCGGAUGGAAGCAAAUUGCUGGCAGUGACGGAGAAGCGUAUGGGUUAUCUGGGAACUAUCGCAGUCCUCGACAUCGCCUAUGGCGAAAACCUGAGCGAACAGUCCGCCGAGCCGAGUUUGACAAUCACCUGUACCGAGGCCAAGGCAACAGUUGCGGGCUGGAGUUAUCUGAGCAACUACAUCAUCGCAGGUCACGAAGACGGAAGUGUCAGCCAGUACGAUGCCAAGACUGGUGAGCAACUGGAGAACGUCCAGGUGCACGAGUUUGACAUGCAGAUUAACGACAUCCAAUUCUCCCCUGACCGCACCUACUUCAUCACUGCGUCGAAAGACAAGUCCGCCAAGCUCCUGUCCACUCGUAACCUCGCCAUCCUCAAAACCUACGUUUCCGACACCCCCCUCAACAGCGCCACUAUCACCCCUAAGAAGGACUACGUUAUCCUUGGUGGUGGUCAGGCCGCUAUGGAUGUCACCACCACCUCCGCUCGCCAGGGUAAAUUCGAGGCUCGUUUCUACCACAAGGUCUUCGAAGACGAGAUUGGCCGUGUCAGAGGUCACUUCGGUCCCCUCAACACUGUCGACAUUCACCCCAACGGUACCGCUUACGCGUCUGGCGGAGAGGACGGUUACGUUCGUGUUCACCACUUUGACAAGUCUUACUUUGACUUCAAGUACGAGGUCGAGAGGGAGCAAAUGAAGCGGUGA